CCUUAACCUGUAAACAAAUGCUUUCUCGCUGUAGUGUUCAAAUCAACCUUAAAUGACAUGGGGAUAUUAAUUAAACACUCAUCAAAGCUUGUGGUGAAAACUGUUGAAAUAAAAUCAGUUGAGGAGAAUUUUACGAACGCUUGUGCUUAAAAUAUUGUAUGAGGAUUUUAUUGUGAUAGGAAAGAAACAACACAGUGAUUGGAAAUAACCUCUUAUUACAUAUUGAUAUUAUUGAAUUAUUAUUCGGUGAUUAUAGUAUAUAUGUGUAUGUAAAUCGUGUGUGUUUUCAAUGUUCAUUUAAAUGGUGUAUGAACGGGAGAACGAAUUCGAAAUAUGGAUGAAACUGUUCGCGGAUUUAAACGCUGGAUUACUGUUACUAUAAUUUGUGGAUUAACGUUAUCGCAUUCUGCGGAGGCAAACUGGAUGUACCUUGGCAUAGCGGCGGUGGCCACGGGUCCGCUGCAAGAUGAUGCUUGCACGCAACUUCCGGGCCUCGUGGUUGAGCAGAUACAAGCAUGCCGGGAGAACCCCGAGUCGCUCCUGUGCAUCAGCGAGGGCGCCAAGCAGGGCAUCCGGGAGUGUCAGUACCAGUUCCGAAACGAGCGCUGGAACUGUACUACUAGCUCCAACUAUACCGUGUUUGGCGACGUCUUGAGAAAAGGAACGCGCGAGACGGCCUUCAUCUACGCCAUACUUAGCGCCGGGGUGGUGCACGCGACGACGCGCUCGUGCAGCCUCGGCAACCUGACUGACUGCACGUGCGACAUGACGCGCUACGGCGAACACCACGUGGAGGGCUGGAAGUGGGGCGGAUGUAGCGAUAACAUCGAGUACGGGCUGCAGUUCAGCAAGAAGUUCGUCGACGCGCCGGAAAUGCUCACCCAGGGAUCCAACAUCCGGAACACGAUGAACCUGCACAACAAUGAGGCGGGCAGAAAGAUAACCGAGCAACUGAUGGACCAUCGAUGCCGUUGCCAUGGUGUUUCAGGCUCAUGCGCAGUGAAAACCUGCUGGCGCAGUCUUCCAAUGUUCCGUCAGGUCGGCGACGCAUUAAAAGCAAAAUACGAACUUUCGGUGCCCAUCGCGCAACGCUCCAAACGUCAGCCGAGGCGGAAGGGGAAAACAAAACGACGUCAGCCAAUCAAAGACGAUGAUCUUAUUUACGUGCAUAAGUCGCCGAACUAUUGCCGACCGAAUGAGAAGAAGGGCAUUUUGGGAACUUCCGGUAGGGGUUGCAACAAGACGUCGUCUGCGAGUGACAGUUGUGACCUACUGUGUUGUGGGCGGGGCUACAAUACGCAGGUGUUGACGUAUGUGUCACGUUGCCACUGCAAAUUCGUGUGGUGCUGUCACGUACAAUGCAAAACGUGCGAGACCGUGUUAGAGAAACACACGUGUAAAUAACGCAGAACGCCGAGACUAUACUAUGCAUACGGCGGUACACGCGUAAGAAUUGGGUUUCGUAGUUUAAACGUGUAGAACAUAAACGGUAAUCGCGGGUUUCUUCUUCUGAACGAUGACACGUGUACAUAUACAGAGCUAUAGACAGAUAACACUUUCUGUGUGAGGUGUAAAACGGAUGUUCUAGUGACGAUCGGUAAGAUGGGGGACAACUCGUACUAGAUUGGUUAUUUGACGAUGUUCGUAAUUGUCUACCUUGUGUUUUGCUUCAUCGGCAUUGUGUAUGUUACGCAUAAUCAUACAUGACAUGAGGCAGUGACGUUCUUGCUAUUAUUGUUGGUAUCAUACGUAGAAAUAUUGCAUAUUUGUUUAGUUUUAUUCCGUAUACAUAAUUAGUUGAAUUGUUGAUUGUGUAAUUACAUGUUCUGUAUAUGUUGUCUUUAUAAUGUCUCACUUAGAGGAACGCGCUCAAGUAUGGCUAAAUGGAUUAUUGAAACUGAUCUACGAUCGCCAUUAUAAGUGUUUAUUUCGGUGGCACAGACGUGACAUGUGCAUGUUUUUAUAGCCCCUUUAAAGGGACAUAUUCACAGAUUUUGACAUGUUUGGAAGUUUGUCAUUAAAUGAUUUAAAUUGAUAAAUGUAAACAUCGGAACUAUAAAGAGUUCAAGUUUAAAAAAAAAUAAAGCAAGAAAUCUUUUUAUAUCACACCUGGGCUCGAAUCACUUACCAAGUUUAUCGCUUAAACAAGUCGGCCAACCGUGCUGACAUGUGGAACAUUUAUAUUUUACUUUAUAUAAGCAACCUCGUAAUGUAACAAAAUUUCACAAUAACAACAGAACUUUCCAAAUUGUACAAUCGUUUCGCGUUUGUAACGCUUUAUAAUGUGGUUCAGGUUCUUAAAUCAUAAAAAGAUUAAUAAAAUUAAUAAAGUGGAUACUUUAAAGUAUGGUAAAAGUUCAGUAGUACUGUUUCCUUGCAAAAGAACAUAACUAUAACGAAAAUGUGCAAAUUUGAAACAUUUUUUUUAAUAUUGUCAAUUUAUCAAAACGUGAAAAGGUCCCUUUAAAGAAGGCGCCAUUUAGUAAGCGCAAUAUCCGUCAAUCCGUCUAUGUGUUUGUUCGAGAGUCCCAACAUUCCUGUAUCAACCAUAACUUGUCCAUGUAUAAAUCGAUUUAAAAAUAAAUUGACACACAUUAAGAUCAUCAGAAGACUACGUGUCGAUUCAAACAGCUGUCUGCUACCUCACGGGUAAAUGUCAUUUAGAGGUAAAAGCUCAAGUUUGCUUUAAAGUCUCUAUAACGCUCAAAAUCAACGAAAAUUUCGUUAAGUAUUUCGUAAAAUAAAGUUAACACUUAAACAAUCAGUGUUACUUAUAGCAAUAGCCACAAUUUUAACGCUAGAUGUGGUAUGAUUACACAGAUUUUUGUAGAUACAAAAAUGCUCGUUUUUUUAUUUGUGACCACAAUAAAUUCCAUGUUAAUUUCCUGCGAAUAUAUCUAUU